AUGUCGCGUGGAAGGAGGUUAGCUCCGAUCAGGGUCGAGGCACCCUAUUACCCACAUUACGAGAGGUGGGAUCUUCCAACAACAGGAGCUCUAAAUGCAGGCAUCGAAGAGGUUGUUAGGACAACCCCUCCGGAGAAAAGUCUUCUGGUCGAGGCAAUUUCGAGCGACACUGACCUCUUCCCAUUCAACAAUGAUCCACCCGCGACAUGUUAUCGAAAUGCAGCCCUUGUCGCACUCUUCAACAUUUCGCCGUUCGUAAACAUCAUCAGGGCAAUUGACGACAGAAAAGGUGGUAAUAAUGGCAUAUUUGCCCAUCUUGUCGCCAUCUGUAAUCCUUUCCUUGAGGGAGACACUCCUGACAAUAUUCAACCCCAUCUGAACACCUUUUGGGACAACUUACUUGACACGGGCUACACGGAUCGGAAUGGUGUGGGUGUGAGAUCAUGGAGAGAAUAUUCCGGGACCCCAGCGGAUGAGGACGACUCGGACGGUGCUGCUGAACCCCAAACAAUAUCCCCUACAGCGAAGACAAGCAUAAUGCAUGACUCAACAGACUUGAUGUGGUACUUGCUUGAUAGAUUGCAGUCGGCAAUUGGUUUUGGCUUAACAUACAAUGGAGUAAGCCUCGAAGAUCAGUUCCACAGAUUAUUCCGUACUCAGAUGGUUCAACGGAUUGCAUUCAGCUGUGACUGUAAAAAAAAGCAGCGACAACCGGUGACAAUUAAGACAUAUGGGGGUUUUGCCUUCAACAUUAAUGUAACCGGUGGCAACCGGACACUCUCCCAAACAAUUGCGGAGAUAUUGUACAACUACAAUGAGAACCGCUCACCUAGCAUAUGCCCUGGUUGCAUGAAACAAGAGAAUGCGCCAUCGUAUUUUAAAUUUCUUUACCUACCAGAGGUUUUGUUCAUCGGUACGAACUAUCAAGCGAUUAACUAUACACAGGACGCCACCUCGCGGGUCAACUUUCCAGAGUUACUGGAUAUGUCGAGACUGAGAGACGAUAUAAACAACCCAGAUAUAGUUGCCGAGGACGGCAAGGUAAACUACGGAUACAGACUUCAAUCCAUCAUCACGUUUCCAAGAAGGAACUCGCAAACGAAUGGCCACUAUAUCGCUUAUCUUCGUCGGAGUGGGGACAACGAUUGGCAUGAGCUCAACGACGUCUCAUUCGAUAAAACCGUCAUACCCUCAGUAACCCGAGAUGAUAUAAUGAACAACAGAACUUACAGACCACGACUCCUGAUCUACGUGAGAGAUCGCACCUUGAGCCUAGAGGACCUUAGAGGCGACGGAGUGGCCAUCAAUGUGCCACCAGAAGCUGCAUCUGGCACAUCUGCACCUCCUGCGACUCUUGCCCCUGUCGUGCCUCCAGGUCCCCAGACCCCCUCGCCAAACACCGGCAAUAGUAGUGACUCACUAGGUUACUCUCCUCCAAUUCCCACCAACAGGAAUGAUCCUAGGAUUGAGGAAUCGAGACAUUGGACUUUAAAACAGCUGAAUGAGGUGUUGAAGCGGUUGAAGAUAACGACAAGCAAAAAGGACACCAGAGAUCAAGCGAGGCAGAAAUUCUUGCAGCACUUUCAAGAGCCUAGGAAUUACAAUCUCUAUACCUUGGGCAGGCUCAAGGAAGUUGCAACCAAUCUGAAUUUGGAGUUUAAUCAGAAUGUCACAAAGGCUGAGAUAGCGAGGCUCGUAACACACUAUAAUCAGAACCAGGCCUGGAGGGCAGCAGGAAAUGGCGAUUCGCCUCCAGAGAGCCCACAACCGGCUCCGGUGACCAGACCACCCACUCGAGCUAGCGCUCGUUUGGUGGCUAUUGCGGCUGCUACCCUCGCAAAUACUGACGCAGAUGCCGCUGCCGCCGCGGCCACUGCUUCUACUGCAAGUCCUGAUACUACAGGAGCUGGGACGCUCUCACAAGAUAUUGGAAGCGAUACCGUCAGCACUCCUACUCCUGGUGGCGUUGGCACUGGCACGGCCACACAAGAGCGAGGACAGAUACUACCCUCGGAGCUCCCCCUCGCGGGCGUGGAGGAACAAGGGGGACAAGAGGAACGAGAGGAGCAACAGGGACAAGAGGAAGGGGAGGACGUAGACCGAGACGAGGAGGGAGACGCGGUGGGACGCAGACAACGCGUUCAUCUUCUAACUCGGACGAUCUUCUGCCGCUCGGUCGCGGCAGCAGAAGAGAUCCGGGGAGACCUGGUGGAACUAGAGUUAGAGGAGCAAGAGCAGGACGCGGUGGUACACACACAGCGCAUUCAUCGUCUGGCUCGGAUGACCUUCUGCCGUUCGGUCGCGGUAGAAGAGUAG